AUGAUAUGUUGUUGGAAGGAGUUGUCAGUUGUUACAGCGGUUGUUACAGUGGUAAUGAUGGGAGUGGAAGAUGAGAGUAGUAAACAAGAACAACAGUUGAAAACACAGAAUGGAUCGUCAAUAACACAACUUGGUGCUUUAGAAGAUGACGAAUUUGAAGAAUUCAAUGCUGAAGAGCAUGUAUCGACAGAACUUAAUUUCAAGGGAUACAUGAGUAGAGCUCGUCAAGAUAAAUUUAUGGCGAGAUAA